GGAUCUUAUGAACCAACUGUUCCAUCAUUCCCAAAUACUAUGCCAUCCAUUCAAGGUCGACAUGACCUCCCAGUCAGUCCAGGGUCUCAACAGAGAGAACCAACAAAGACAUCAGAUCUUUCAUCCUAUCCUUGGUAUGGUGGCGCUAUGGAGAGAGAAACUGCAGAGGUCAAACUAGAGAAACUUAAGCCUGGUAGUUUUAUUGUUCGGGAUAGUAUGCGAACUGGUGGUUAUGCUCUCAGUAUUAAGUAUGACAAACUACCAAAACACAUUAAGAUAAGGGGCACAACUGAUAAACAGUACUACUUAGCAGACUCUAAAAUGUUUCAGUCUAUCCCGGAAUUGGUGAGCUACUAUCAGAACAAUUCACUGUCUCCAAGCUUCCCUGGUGUUGAUACUACUUUGAUGUAUCCAUAUAAGCGUGUACAAAGAAGGCAAUACACUUAUUACACCAUGUAUGUUGUACUCUAUUUUCAACCUUACAUACAUUGCCGUGCUGUGAUUGGCCAUGCAGUUGUACUUUAUGACUUUGCUGCUAGGGACACUAAAGAACUGACUUUAAAGAAAGGCGAGAAAGUUGAAAUUAUGAGUAAAGCUGGUGGUUUCCGUGGUUGGUGGAAAGGACAGAUAGAUGACAGGGUUGGUUACUUUCCAUCUACAUACGUUGAAGAAAAAGAUUAG